UGUUGUCAUGCAACAAAUAAGUGUUGUGUUAUUUGCUUGAUACAUAGCGUAUUCUGUCUUAGUAAUAAAGCAGAAAAUGUACGUGGAAAUGGGUUGCAUAUAUAUCGUGCGUGUUGUUAUGUUUUAUUUUGUUUUGUUGACGAAUCCUUGUCUUUCUGCGAUAUGUAAUAAUAAAGCAUGUCCAGGUAUGAUUUCUAUGCCUUUAAUUGAUGGCGUGAAAGCUACAUUAAAGGCUGAUUUGGAUACAACGGAUUUAAACAACCAUCUGAAAGCAUACAUUGAACAACACAUACAGGAAGGUGUACAAGCUGCUAUGAAAGAUGUAAUGAAACAACUUGUUGACGAUGGUUUGGGAGAGGCUCAUGUUAUAAUUAAUGCCACAGCUAGGGAACAAUUUAAAGGAAUAGGUGUGACAUAUACAAGAUGGGGGAGAAAGGCUUGCCCAACAGGCGCUGAACUUGUUUAUACAGGACAAGCAGGCGGUAACUAUUUUGACAACACAGGAGGUGGAAUCAACUAUUUGUGUUUGCCAAAUGAUGCAGAGAUUGGACAACGACAGUCAUAUGACAACUCCCAGCUUUAUGGUGUUGAAUACGAAAUUCAUUCCCGUGUUAAGCCACACGGAUGGCGUACCAUGGGUCAUAUGGAGGUUGCAUGCGCUGUGUGUCACAGUAGGCGCAAAUCAUCUAAAAUAAUAAUCCCAGGAAGACAAACUUGUUAUAGUGACUGGAGUGCCGAAUAUAGCGGUUACCUGAUGAGCUCGAAUUUAGGACAUAACGGAAGGAAUGAAUUUAUAUGCGUCGACUUGAAUGCUGAACCAUUCGAUAACAGGUCUUCUAAUGAAAAUGGAGCUCUUCUGUAUCCAAUCAGAACUAAAUGUGGAAGUUUACGAUGUCCGCCGUACACCGAUAAUGCUGAUGUUUUAUGUGUUGUAUGUACAAAAUGAUAUUCUUACACACUUCAUACACUGUAUAAAAUCCACUCAAACAUUGAUUUCUUCUUUUUUGUAACGCGUAGAUAUCGGUUCACAGGUUAAUUUAGUUUAAUUCAAAAUUAAUAUAACUAGAUUGGUCAACAGACUGUAAUCCUUUUACACACAACACGGUACCAUAUGAUACAUUUUACACAACAUUGCAACUACAAACUUAUCAAUAUUUACAAAAUAAAUGAUUUUAAUUUCAAAACUA